GGUGGCAAAUACAACAUGCUCUCCAGCUUGGGGUGUCUACUUCUCUGUGGAAGUAUUGCACUAGCCCUGGGAAAUGCACAGAAAUUGCCAAAAGGUAAAAGGCCAAACCUGAAAGUCCACAUCAAUACCACAAGUGAUUCCAUUCUCUUGAAGUUCCUACGUCCAAGUCCUAACACAAAACUGGAAGGUUUUCUCCUGGGAUAUGGCAGCAAUUUAUCACCAAACCAAUACUUCCCUCUUCCGGCGGAAGGGAAAUACACUGAGGCUGUAGUCGAUGCGGAGCCUAAAUAUCUGAUUGUUGUGCGACCUGCUCCUCCAAGUAAAAAGAAGUCAUGCUCAGGUAAAACACGCUCUCGCAAACCUCUUCAGCUGGUGGUUGGCACUCUGACACCAAGCUCAGUCUUCCUGUCCUGGGGUUUCCUCAUUAACCCACAUCACGACUGGACAUUGCCAACUCACUGUCCCAAUGACAGAUUUUAUACAAUUCGCUAUAGGGAAAAGGAUAAGGAAAAGAAGUGGAUUUUUCAACUCUGCCCAGCCACUGAAACAAUUGUAGAAAAUCUAAAGCCCAAUACGGUUUAUGAAUUUGGAGUGAAAGAUAAUGUAGAAGGUGGAAUUUGGAGUAAGAUUUUUAAUCACAAGACUAUUGUUGGAAGCAUAAACAAAGUAAAUGGGAAAAUUCAAAGUACCUCUGACCAAGUCCAUACAGUGCCAGCGUACAUCCCAAGGAAGGUGAUCCCAAUAACAAUCAUCAAACAAGUGAUUCAGAACAUUACUCACAGGGCUUCAACUAAAUCUCCGGAUAAGACUCCCAUUGGAGGAACAAUACUACUCCAUCUUGUUAUUCCAGGUCUUAAUGAAACCACUGUAAAACUCCCCACAUCCAUAAUGUUUGAGAUUUCAGAUACAAUCAAGAGACAAUUAGCUAAGAAUGAAACCUUGGCAUUACCUGCUGAAUCUAAAACACCAAAGGUAGAAAAAAUUCCAGCACAGCCUAUAACAGUGACUCCUGAAUCAGUUCCAAGAACCACUAAACCCACUGUGUCUAGUGUGUUAGACAUUUCAGAAAGAAAACUGGCUUCAAGUGAAAAGCCAUGGAUUUUACCUACAGCUAAAAUGUCAGAAGAUUCCAAAGUUCUACCACCUCAAACUGCAACAAGUGAUCCAUUUCUGGAGUCUGUCCCACCUAAAACUUCUAGAACUCUUGAACGGCCAAGGGCAACACUGGCUCCAAGUGAAGCACCAUUUGUUCCUCAAAAACUGGACAUCAUUACCAGUCCUGAAAUGCAACCUACAACACCUGCUCCUCUACAAACUACAUCUAUCCCUUCCACACCUAAACGACGCCUCAAGCCCAAAACACAAAGAAUCAAACCUGGAAGAACCAAAAGUCCUGGAACUACUACAUCUAAAAUUUUUAAAAGUCCUGAACCUACAUGGACAACACUGGCUCCCAGUAAAACACAAUUUAUUUCUUUGAAACCAAAAGUCUCUCUCAGCCCAGAAGUGACACACAUCAAACCUGGUAACUACCCUGAACUUUUUUUAAUAUUCCAAGACUAGGUCCUAGAACCUGGAACACUGGGAACCAAACCUUCAAUGACAACAUUAGCUCCACCAAAGACCAAACGACCAGGUCGCCGCCCCCGCCCUAAAACCACACCUAGUCCAGAUGUGCCCAAGUCCAAACCUGCUCUGGAACCUGCAACGGUACAGCCCGAGCUCUUGGUGCCCACAGUCGCAUUAAAACCAUCCAAAAGACCUAAAACCACACAUAGACCAAAUAUACUUCAAAUCCAGCCUGAUUCAAAACCACCAAAGCAAUUACUUCAUAAACCCCAAACCACAGCAAAACCAGAUAUGCCACCAACUAAAUCCAUCUUCGAGCCUGUUACAUUUGAAACUGAAGCUCCCUCCAUAACCAUAGUUUCUGCCACAGACAUUGAACCUGUAACUUUGAGAACUGAGGCUUCCCGAACAUUAGCUUCAACAACAUCAGAACAACCAAGAACACGUCAUCCACGUCCCAAACCUUCGAAACGUCCCAAACGUCCCAAACACAAAACUACGCCAAGUCCAGAGGCACCUCAGAUUGAAUUAGUUUUAAUUACUUUUGAUCAUUUCUUGCUACAGACUUCAAACAUUAAUCCUGAGACAUCUUCGGCUCCAACAACAACAAAGAGACCCCGUCGUCCACGUCCCAAAUCUAAAACCACACCCCAUCCAGAAGUGCCUCAGACCAUACUGGUUCCUGCCACAAUCUUUGAACCAGUUAUUAUUAAAACUGAGGCUCCAGGACCAACACUAGCUUCUAACAUCCCUGAACAAAUUCAUCAUCCCUGUCUCAAACCUAAAAACACACCGAGUCCUGAAGCACCUCAGACCAAACUGGUUCCUGCUAUGGUCCUUAAACCAGUUACUCCUAUAAAAGAGGAUCCGGGGACAACAUUUGUUCCUGUUACAGAGCUUGAACCUGUUACUUUUACAACUGAGACCUUUGGGACAACAUUAGCUACCAAAGCAUCAAAAAGGCCCCAUCGUCCACGUCCCAGACCUAAAACCACACCGAGCCCUCAAGUACCUCAGACCAAACCGGUUCCUGCUACAGUCCUUGAACCUGUCACUCUUAGACCUGAGGCCCCUGGAACAACAUUAGCUUCCAAACCAUCGAAACGAACAGGCCGUCCACGUCCCAGACCAAAAACCACACCACGUCCAAAAACAACUGAGUCAGAACCAGUUCCUACUGCAGACUUUGAACCUAUUACAUUCAGGACCGAGGCUUGGGUGACAACACAAGCUCCUAAAACAUCAAAACGGACCCGUCGUCCACGUCCCAAAUCUAAAACCACACCAAGUACAGAGGCACCUCAAACCAAACUGGUUCUUACUACAGAUCUUGAGCCUGGUACUCCUAGAACAGAAGCUCCAGAAAUCAUGGUUCUUCCUACAGUCCUUGAACCUGUCACUCUUACAACCGAAGCUCCAGAAACAUUAGCUCCUAAAACUUCACAACGAUCCCAUCAUCCACAUCUCAGACCUAAAACCACAUCAAGUCCUGAAGCACCUCAGACCAGAUUAGUUUCUACUACAGGCUUUGAACGUGUUAGUCAUAGUUCUGAGGCUCCAGGAACAACAUUAGCUCCCACUGAACUGCAAAUCCUUGCUUUGAAACCAGUGACAUCACCAAGCCUAGAAAUGACACAAAGUCAACCUGUUUCUGAAGUCCUGGAAUCUGUUACAUUUAUCAAUGAGUCAUCAAAGGAAACAUUCCCUGUUUCCUCCUUAGCAUUAGCUGAAACAGAUUAUGUUUACCCCACUGCCAAAGCGCCACUCAAGCCAGAGGAGCCAAAGACUGAAGUUGUGGAAUCUAUUACAAAUGUGUCUGAACCACCUGAGACCACACUAGAAGCAUCACCUCUGCCUUCUCAAACUGUAAUCCCACCCAGCCCAGAUGAGCCUCAGAUCAAACGGGCUCCCAAGCAGACACCGCGCACUCCGCCCAAACCAAAAACAUCUCCACGUCCAAGAGUCCCACAAACACAGCCAGUGCCUAAGGUGUCUCAGCGUGUCACCUCAAAGCCAAAAAUGUCACCAAGGCCAGAAGUGCCAUAUACUCCACCUGUUCCAAGAGAUGUGCUCCUUCCCCAUAAACCAGACUCCGAAGUCUCUCAGAGCGAACCUGUUCUGCAGCCUGUUACCUUUAGAAUUGACCUACCACAGACAACAAUAGCUCCUUUAGAGACCCGAGGCAGCCCUUUGAUUCCUAUGAUUUCACCAAGUCCUGUUCAAGAGGAACUACAAACCACUCUGGCAGAAACAGACCAAUUCACCCAAGAACCCUUCACAACUGAGAUUCCGCGAACAACUGAAUUGGCAAAGACAACUCAGGCACCACAUAGAUUGUACACUACUCCUGUGAGGCCCAGAACACCAGACAGAACACACACCCGACCUGUUCUGAAUAAGACAACUACAAGACCUAGUAGACCCAAACCCAGUGGGACACCCAGAGGAAACGGAAUGGGAACAGGGGUCAAGCAAGCUCUGAAGCCAUCGGGUGCUGGUGGAAAUGUGUCAGUAGACUCUACGCAUUCCACAAAGAAAACAGGCACUCGUCACCCACCCUUGGCACCUAGACCGACACCCCCACGAAGAAAACCCUUACCGCCGAAUAAUGUCACUGGAAAGCCAGGAAGUGCAGGAAUCAUUUCAUCAGGCCGAGUGACUUCCCCACCCUUGAGAGCAACACUCAGACCUACCGGAGCCCCCUCAGAGGGAACGGAGAUAGAUAAAAAGGAACCAACAGCUCCCGCCUCCGGAGAAUAUCUUGGUAAUGUGACUGACUUUAGCUCAAGUCCAACAAGAGAAACUGAUCCUCUUGGAAAGCCCAGAUUUAAAGGUCCACAUGUGCGAUACAUCCAAAAGCCUGACAAUAGGCCCUGCUCCAUCACUGACUCCGUCAAACGGUUCCCUGUAGAGGAAGCCUCAGAGGGGAACGCCACCAGCCCACCGCAGAACCCACCUUCCAACCUCACUGUGGUCACCGUGGAAGGGUGUCCAUCAUUUGUCAUCUUGGACUGGGAAAAACCACUAAAUGACACUGUCACCGAAUAUGAAGUUAUAUCCAGAGAAAAUGGAUCAUUCAGUGGGAAGAACAAGUCUGUUCAAGUUACGAAUCAAACCUUCUCCACAGUAGAAAAUCUAAAACCAGACACAAGCUAUGAAUUCCAAGUGAAACCCAAAAACCCACUUGGGGAAGGCCCAGCCAGCAACACAGUGGCAUUCAGUACUGAAUCAGCGGAUCCAAGAGUGAGCGAGCCAGUUUCUGGAGGAAGAGAUGCCAUCUGGACCGAAAGACCCUUUAAUUCGGACUCUUACUCAGAAUGUAAGGGAAAACAGUAUGUCAAAAGGACGUGGUAUAAAAAGUUUGUAGGGGUACAGCUGUGCAACUCUCUCAGAUACAAGAUUUAUCUGAGCGACACCCUCACAGGAAAAUUUUAUAACAUAGGCGAUCAAAGAGGCCAUGGAGAAGACCACUGCCAGUUUGUGGACUCAUUUUUAGAUGGACGCACAGGACUGCAACUGACUUCUGAUCAGUUACCCACCAAAAAAGGCUAUUUCAGAGCAGUUCGCCAGGAACCUGUUCAAUUUGGAGAAAUUGGUGGUCACACCCAAAUCAAUUACGUUCAGUGGUAUGAAUGUGGGACUACAAUUCCUGGAAAAUGGUAGAUGCUGCAAUCAUGUUCACAAGUGCCUUCUGUUUCAUCACGGCAAAAAAUAAGUGGAAACACUAUGGUAUUUGUCAUUCAUUUAAAGCUGUUCUGUUUACUAUGUAUAAAAGUUUAAAAUUUAAUUGAUAGCAAUACUAGAUGUUUAUUAGAAAGAUUGCUGAGAAUAUUUAUCAGGUUUUACAAAGUCAUUUUUAAGCAAGAUAUUAACAGUAACAUUUUUUGGGGAAGCUGGCUCCCUAUUCAUGGUAUUUUAUGAGAUCAUCUGUAUAUUAUUUAUCACACUGUUGUAAUGAUGUUCUGAGAUACUUUUAUAACAAUUAACAUCAAAAACUAAUAUACUUUUAAAAAAUUACUUUUAUUAAUGCAUAUUCUUCCUACUGGUGAGUUAAUUCCAUAAAUCUCUACUUGGUUUAACUUAUUAGAUCAAAUUAUCUUCAUAUAUGUAUGAAGGGAAAAAAAGGCCCUAAUACAUUUAUUUAAACUAAUCAGCAACAGUCGAAUAGCUUUUCUGAAUCAUGUGAAUACACAUUUCCUUAAAUAUUUGUAAGUUAAGAUUGUUUGAAUCAGUAAAUUUCAUUUCAGCUAAAAAUAGAAUUCAGAAUAUAUUCGGUUUUAAUAAUUUUUUUCUAUCCAGAAAUGUUACAAUGUCUGAAUAUACUUUGUCAAACUAUACUUAACAAAGUAUAUUCAAACAACUGUCUUCAUAUUGUUUUUAAUGUAAUUCUAAUCAAGCUGUAUGCAGAGAAUGAAUGAAGUCCGAGCACAAAAAGAUGCAUGAUGAGAAUGCUACCACUUUACAGGAUUUACUAUAUUUUUACACAUAAGACUUGUAGGAAUGAAUCAGAGGAUGUUUUCAUAACUCAACCUGUACUGAAAAUCAAAUUCAUUUUUAUUUAAACGGUAUUUUCUUCAUUUGGGGAGGGAGGUGGGAAUGCUGCUUUGUUGCCCUCAUUCUGAAAGGACCUUGGGCUUACCUUUCAACAUGCUUCAAUUUUAUCAACGCUACAGUCUAUAUUUUUCAAAUAAGGAGAAACUCUGCAAUAAAGAGAUUUUUUUUUUUUUUAAGGCUGAG